UGGAAUCCUUUUAUGAUAAAUGAGGUUGCCAUAGCAGUGACAUUCCCCUCUCUCCUCCAGUGAGAUGGGGGUGGGGGAUACUUCAGAAAAAACUGCCAUUCACAGCUAACCGCCCCCCUUCCCCUCAAUAGUCCACCGUGGAGUUGCUCUGAUAACUGGCCAAAUUCUCAGAAUGGAUCUUGUAGACUUUUUCGUUCCCAACAUCUUUGAGACCGGAGAGGAAAAGGGGCGGGGAUGAGGAGGAAGGCAUUUUCAGCCCGAGAGUGUUUCUGUGUGUGUUUGCCUGAGUCAAAAGUGUGGCUCUGCAGCUCGGCUACAUUUUAUGGGAAAGUCAGUUUCCCACCAUUGUGUCCUCAGCGGUUGCCAGACACUGACAGGGCUUGUAGGCUGUGUGUGUGUGUGUGUGUGUGGUGGAGUACAGACGCCGCUGGUUUCAGAGAGCAACACAGGAAAAGGCAGAGUUCAGACCAUAUUGGAGCCUCUAUGGUGAAGACAGGCAGCUCUUCCAAACCGUUGUGUCUCCGGCUGCCUUUCUGGGCUGGUUUUAUUUUUCCAUCGUGUGGUUGUGGAGUGUUGUCGUCCUGCUUUGCUUGAUUUUGAGUGUGCCGAUUCCCGGCGUGGCCUAGCCAGUGGUGCUAGUGGCAGUGGUGAGCUACAGGGCUGCAUGCCAUGGGCUGUGUGUUCUCCCUGCCAGAGGACAGGAGAGAUGCUGCUGAAAGAGCCCCCACCGCAAGAGAGACAAGUUUCAUCGAGAAAAUGAAGAAAACAGGCAAGAACAUCAUUGUGUUCUAUGGCUCCCAGACGGGCACAGCAGAGGAGUUUGCCAACAGACUGUCCAAAGAUGCUCAGCGGUACGGCAUGAAGGGAAUGGCUGCCGACCCAGAGGAGUAUGACAUGGCAGAACUGUCCCGUUUGUCUGAGAUAGAAAACUCCCUCGCCAUAUUUUGCAUGGCCACCUAUGGCGAGGGCGACCCAACAGAUAACGCCCAGGACUUCUAUGACUGGCUGCAGGAAAACGAUGAUGAAGAUCUCUCUGGACUAAACUACACUGUCUUUGCUUUAGGAAACAAGACAUAUGAGCACUAUAAUGCAAUGGGAAAGUAUGUUGAUAAAAGACUGGAGGAACUCGGAGCCAAGCGCAUCUUUGACCUUGGUCUAGGAGACGAUGAUGGCAAUCUUGAAGAGGACUUUGUGUCAUGGAGAGAGCAGUUCUGGCCGGCUGUUUGUGAGCACUUUGGAGUGGAAGCCUUGGGAGAUGAAUCAAGCAUACGGCAGUACGAGCUGAAGGAGCACACUGACAUCAACAUGAACAAAGUGUACACAGGAGAGAUCGGCCGCCUGAAGAGUUUUGAGGUCCAGAAGCCACCUUUUGAUUCGAAAAACCCUUUCCUGGCCCCAGUCACUAUCAACCGCAGGCUCAACAAAGCUGGCGAUAGACAUCUCAUGCACCUGGAACUAGACAUAACGGGCUCCAAGAUCAGAUACGAGUCAGGAGACCACGUUGCUGUUUUCCCCGUCAACGACUCUGUGCUGGUGAACAAGCUGGGAACGAUCCUUGAUGUAGACCUUGAUGUGGUUAUCUCUCUCAACAACCUUGAUGAGGAGUCCAACAAGAAGCACCCUUUCCCCUGCCCCACCACCUACCGCACGGCCCUCACUCAUUACCUGGACAUCACUCACCCUCCUCGCACCAACGUCCUCUAUGAGCUGGCACAGUACGCCUCUGACCCCAAAGACCAGGAGAAUAUGCGCAAGAUGGCCUCUUCCUCACCCGAGGGCAAGGCACUGUAUCAGAGUUGGGUGCUGGAUGCCAGCAGAAACAUCCUCGCCAUCCUGGAGGACAUGCCAUCUUUGAGGCCUCCCAUUGACCACCUGUGUGAGCUACUGCCUCGUCUCCAGGCUCGCUAUUAUUCCAUCGCCUCCUCCUCAAAGGUUCACCCCAACAGCAUCCACAUCUGUGCUGUAGUGGUGGAGUACAAAACCAAGACUGACCGCAUCAACAAGGGAGUUGCCACCAAUUGGCUGAAGAACAAACUGGUCACUGACAACGGCCACAAGUCCACCGUUCCCAUGUACAUCCGCAAGUCUCAGUUCCGCCUGCCCUUCAAAGCCACCAACCCUGUGAUCAUGAUUGGACCUGGGACAGGAAUCGCUCCCUUCAUGGGUUUCAUCCAAGAGAGGGGCUGGCUCAAACAGCAAGGAAAGGAGGUUGGGGAGACGGUGAUGUAUUUUGGCUGCAGACACAAGAACGAGGAUUUUAUCUACCAGGAGGAAUUGGAGGAGGCGGAGAAGAACGGGGUUCUCACGCAGCUUAAUGUCGCCUUCUCCAGAGACCAGGAAAAUAAGGUGUAUGUGCAGCAUCUGAUGAAGGCAAAUAAGGAGAGCAUCUGGAAGCUGGUUCACUCAGAAAAUGCUCAUAUCUACAUCUGCGGCGAUGCAAGGAACAUGGCCAAAGAUGUGCAGACGGCCUUCUACGAGAUAGCGGAAGAGCUGGGAGGCAUGACGCGCACCCAGGCCACAGACUACAUCAAGAAACUGAUGACCAAGGGACGCUACUCGCAAGAUGUCUGGAGUUAAAGAGUGUCCAACUCAGCCUCAGUCUCACUACUCGAGUUUUAAAUCUUCUAUUUUUUACUGUCUUGUUUUAUCAGGACUCAGUAGUAAAACAUUAAACAUUUCUUCAUCACCCUGGUUCAUGAGAGCUACAGGUAGCAGAAGACCAUGAGGAAACCCUACCUCAGCAGGUUUUAAUAAAUCCACUCAUUAAUUUCCUAUGUAUACUGCGUGGUGUAUCUGGACCACCAGCCUUCUGUCUGCUGGGGUCCUCCCUUGAGCCGUGGUCUCGGACCAAACAACACUCACCCUGCUUUCCAGAGACUCUGAAGGGUCUCUGCUGUAAAUGAAUGAAUUUGUGUAAUUUGGUGGGCACUCGGUAGUUAGAUGUAAGACCUUUCUGGCUUGAAAUUUCCUCAAACGAUCUUGAAGCUUACUCUGCAAAUGCAGCAAAUAGUCAUCUUCAUUUCACAUUCAAUUUUGAUCAUAUUAUAUGGAUGAGCCGAUCGGUUUGUGUAGCUUUACAAACUGUUGACAGCUCAGAUUUUAAAAAAAUCUGUUUGUCUGUUUUGUGAGACAUGGAGUUAGUGUGCCCAACCUCCGGAUGUACAGAAUGUAUUCUGCUGUGAACGCAAAGGUUUGAAUUCAAAAUGUAAAAGCUCAUACAGUUUAGCCAUCUUGAAAUGCUUGUAACUUAUAUAAUUAACGAAUUGUAGACGUAACACCGCAGCAGGUAAUACUGCAUCACAUGUGAGUGAGGCUAAGGAGCGUUGUGCGUUGGUGUGGUCGUGCGAACACUCGGACGUUUUAGACAUGAAAGGAGCUGAUCUAGUGGUGCUUUUGAAAAUACUACUAUAGAAAGCAUGUCAGCUGUCUGUGAGGAAAACGUUGGGUGAAACAAAGUGGCAUCAUAGGUACAGUUACAUUUGCCUUUGUAUUUUUGCAAGGGAUUUAGCCUCUUAUGCAUACGUUUCUGUUCAGUUUAAUCGGUGGCAGUAACCUCUUGAAGGCACAGAAAGUGAUGCAAAUGAGAAGAUCAUUUACUGAAAUAAAAUAUGAGAUUAUGUGCAUUUUUAUUUUCUAUAAAAGCCUAUCUUUAGACAUGAUGAAAAUGAAUCUGUAGGUACCCUAUAUUUUUGUAAAAUGUUAAACAGAUGAAGUUGUUGACCUUCAAACCAGAUCUGCCCUCCCAAAUGGCGGCUGUUUAUUUUAUAUGCAUAUGACUGCAGAGGAUUAGGAAAUUUGUGUUUUGUGAGGCAAUAACACUCAGACAUACAACAACCACCUCUGCUUUAUUGUUAUGUUUUUUUUUUUUCAUUGUUAUGACUUUGUCCAGUCACAUAUGCACCACUACAGAGGAUGGCAAGACUCAUGAAAGCAUUUAGCGUGUCUCUCAGCAUCCAUCAGUCAGUGCACAUCACAGUACUUUGUGUGAAUAUUGGGAGCUUGAGGAGGUCAACUGAUCAAAGUGAAGCCUGUGCCUUUUUAACACUGCCUUAUGAGUUAACAUUAAAAACCCAAUGCUUCACUGUCAAGUAGUUUUUUCUUCUGUUAUUACAUUUUGAUAGAAAGUCACUUUACCCAGUACUGUCACUUUUUUUGUCAUUCCUUUUAAUUAUGUAAUUAUUUGGUUUUAUCAAGGCAUGCAUUUUUUUAAUUAAUAAAAUUGGAAUUAUUUGUCA